AUGAAAAAGUUUACCCAGAUCCUCACGCGGCGAAUCACGCGCUCGACAACGCCUGACUACGAAUCGGCUGCGCCCUUUGAGUCCAACUGCUUCCACCAGCUCACAUCCACGCGCCUUGCCAAAGGAGACAGCUUCAAGCGCCCUGCGCCUCGCUCCGGCUCCAGUCGCAUCCUCGCCGACGACGCUCACUUCGACGACAUAUGCUGGACAUGUAAAGGCAUCGACUUCCCAAAAGUCCUGGACUGGCAACCAGGCGACCGACGCCCAUGGAUCCCUCUCGCCCACACCCUCAGCCCAGAGUUCCCCGACUGCCCCUACUGCUCUUUUUUUCGCCAGCUCAUUGGGUUCGAUCCGGGCGCCGACGGGUCGAGCAAGUUCACCCCCUACCUGCGUAUCCGGCAAGCUUUUGAGAGGCUCGGCGUGAAGGAGAAGCAUGAACUGGGAGGCGCCGUCAUAUUCGAGGUCACGACCAAGAACAAGAGCCUGAUGGAGGGGUACAUCAUCAAGAUGGCAGAUGACGAGGUGGAUCUCGCUGCCUAUGAGAGCUGCCCUCGCAGACCUGAGCUUCGGGGACGCACCGUCACAGACUUGGUAGAUGCCGCAUUACCGAAGACUUGGAUCGAUUUCUGCAAGGACAACCAUACCGCGGGCGAUUGUGUAAGAUCUGAGCCUCCAGUGGAAGGGCUGCGAUUGAUCGAUUGCGAAACGAACAAAGUGGUCUGCGUUGAUGAUCUUGACUCAGCGUCGCUAGAAUACGUCACACUCAGCACCUCCCUGGGGAAUGGUGGACGAGAAUUGUUGGAAGAAGACGUCCUCGAAAACGAUGUGCCAUUGCUAUUCAAGGAUGCGAUCCAGAUCACCACCUCUCUCGGCUUUCAGUAUCUUUGGAUAAGCCAAAUCUGCCUCGCCAAGUUGGAGGAAACCGAAAGACAAAAACAACUUGAUCUCACCGGCGAAAUAUUUGCCCAGUCAGCUCUCACAAUUGUUGUCGCCGCAGAUAUUGGUCUCAACGACGGCAUUCCUGGAAUUAGCACACCGCGCGAACCACAGCUCUCAUUGAAAACCCAGAACACCGUUUUUACAACAAGCCUGUUGCGCCCCGAUCUAGAAGUCAGCGGCUCUCGGUGGGCUUCGGGGGGCUGGAGCUUUCAGGAAGGCCUUCUCUCCCGAAGACGACUGGUCUUUACCCCAUCCCAGAUCUAUUUCCAGUGCCGCACCCUCCACUGCCACGAAACCCUCUCAUUACCCCUUCAGUACGCUCCUGGUCUCAACCUAGGCCGGAUAUUCCCCGAUGGGGGUGCCGGUACUAGACCAGAGGUUCUCAGCAAGCAAAUCCAGACGUAUCUCACCAAAGACUUCGAGUUUCCGGAAGACCGAUUAAAAGCAUUCCAAGGUGUUCUUCGCCACUAUUCCAAGAUCCCCCGCGGGAUGAACAACUUCCUUGGCUUACCACUCUUCAAUGUGGACGAUUUCUCUCAGGAGCCGGUUGCUAACAGGACCUCUCAACUUGCCGUUGCAUUAGGUUGGACGCCAGAGCGGGUGUCACCUUCACCCUACCUUGAUCCCCUCAUCCUCUCACACGAAGGCCACUAUCCCUCCUGGACUUGGUUGUCAUGGUAUCCCCGCCCAGGACACAGUCAGUCCAACCAGACCUUCCGCUUUAAUCUGGUUGAGGAGAGCAAAGCGCGCCCCUUGGAUGGGGUAUCUGCACCCUCAAAGAUGAAGAUAUCCGUUGGCUUUGAAGGCGGGAAAGUCCUAUCAUGGGAGGAUGAUGAAACAGCGUUGUCAACUGAGAUUGGACCCAUCAAGUUUUUGAGGCUGUCCACCUUCUGUGUUGACAUUCGGCUCACAAAAGAGGAGGAGAAUCUAAUCAUCAUUGGUCUUGGCGUCAAUCCCCAAGCCAAGGAUGCCAUCAAGGGCUGGUUGCGCUCCUCCCACUCUUCUCUCGCAUCGCUCGCAUCCCCGGACUCCUCGACGACUUCUGACGCAGACUCUUUGCCCAACGGUGAACACAAGCUUACCGGCAUACUUCUCUCCGGGCGUGGAUGGCGUGGGCCCGCCAAGAAGACCGCCACGCUCCUCAUUUGCGGCCCAAAACGUUUGGGAAGCGAAGAAGAGCGCCUGGUCAGACUCGGCUUGCUGUCCAUCACAUACGCCGACUUCAUAUCCACCGACGACAAGACGGCAAAAUUAGAAGGCGUCGUCUUGAAUGAUGCCGGGGGCAAGGGCGAUAUUGAUCUCCGAAUGCGCGAGGUCGACCUCUACUAA